AUGGGUUUACUCACUAUCAUCAGAAAAAACAAAGCGAAAUCCAAAGAAAUGAGAUUUUUGUUCUUAGGCUUGGAUAAUGCUGGUAAAACGACUAUAUUGAAGAAAUUGAACGAAGAGGAUAUUCAAGAUGUUUCCCCAACGUUAGGAUUCAAUAUAAAGACUUUGAUAAGAGAUGGGUACACUUUGAAUAUAUGGGAUGUCGGGGGUCAGAAGACACUACGACCAUAUUGGCGAAAUUACUUUGAAUCUACCGACGCAGUAGUCUGGGUGGUGGAUUCAUGUGAUCGGAUGAGAAUUCGGGAUUGUGGAGAAGAACUGAGAGGUUUGUUGAAAGAAGAACGAUUGGCAGGAGCCACUUUAUUGAUAUUUGCCAAUAAACAAGAUCUCGUAGGAUCGUUAUCUUUGGAAGAAAUAAGAGAUGGUCUCGACUUACAUUCGAUAAAAUCUCAUCAAUGGUCUAUCCGACCUUGUUCCGCCCACACGGGAAUGGGACUUGAAGAAGGUAUACAAUGGGUGGUUAAGCAAGUAGCUGGGAGAUUGUAUUGGUCCGGACUUAAUUCACCUCGGUCGAUUGUGGAAACUCCGACGACCGAAAUCAUCACCACUUAG